AUGCAUGUACAUCAUUUGGAAGACGAAGCAUUCUAUGUUCUCGAAGGAGAAAUUCAGUUUCAAAUCAACAAUAAAACGUUACUGGCACCACAAGGUAGCUGUGUAUAUGCUCCACGUGGUGUCGUUCACACAUUUCGCAACGUAAAUGGAACAAAUUCACGUUCCGCUCGAUUGCAGUUUUGGUUUACUCCAGCCGGUAUUGAAAACUACUUCGAACAGGUGAGUCGAGCACUUACUCAAAAUCCCCCCAACCUUAAUCUUGCAGUACAAAUUGCUAAAGAAUGGGGUAUUGACAUUAUUGGAUCACCAAAUUGGUCCAUUGGCAACUAA